AUGACGUUGAUGGUGACCAUCUUGACUUGCGAAUCUACGUACAAGGCUGAAGAUGCUGUGGACGAGCUCUCGACGACCAUUCAGAUCCUUCUGGAAAGCAACAGACUCAUCGCUGAACGUUUGGCAUCGAUCGAAACAGGAAUAGGCAUCGAUCCUUCCAUCAUCCACCUACCUGAUCUUGCUCUAAAGGCCGAGCCUGAGAAUGUCAUUCGCAAUGCGGCAGGAUUUGCUUCUGAAGAAGAGCUGGAACAACCCUGGGUUUACAAGCGGUCUAUCGUGCGGGAUCCUGGCGGCGGAGCAUUUUCCUGCAAAGCUCUACCCUUGUAUGCUUUCGAUGUUGGUAACAGCCAGCUCUAUCAGUUUGGACAGUUCGAUGAGAGUCACGAGGAUCGUCUAGCUCCAGAUCGAACGAUACUCACCACAGCGAUGGAUGACACAUCCAAGAAAAGAAACAUUCAGAACUCGUCUGGUCAGGAUAGUGGCAACAUUUUUGUCCAAGGACUCAAAGACGCCAGACCCAGAACCUACGGAACAGCUACUCCCUCGCCUUAUGCCAAUGUCGCAAUUAGUCUGUUUGAUGCCGAAGGAAGAAACUAUAUCUAUGGCUACGUGCCCAUCGUCGUCGCAAAGUGUGGAGUCUUUCUAAAAGAGAGAGGACGAGAGGUCGAGAACAUUAUCUACACAAGCGGCUCGGCCAAGAGGGUACAGGAACUCCAAGCGGUUUUCGGCCGUUCAGAUCGCUAUGGGAUGAAGUUCGUUUGGGCAGGCUACACCGUGCAUGAUGCUGCAAGCUUGGUGCUGAGAUUCCUGAAGACUUCCAAGGAACCGGUCAUACCAUAUGAUCAUUACGAGCCAUUCAUCUCAUGUCUCAAAAGCGAUCUCGGCACUGAAAAAAAAACAAGCAUUGUUGAGUUUCAACAAUGUGUCAUAAGCCUGCCACCAUCCAACCGACAUCUCCUCUUGUAUCUACUCGACUUGCUCGCAGUGUUUGCAGAGAAAUCGGAAAACAAACCUCAUGACAUCCUCACGCUUGGUCGCAGUGUUCCAACCGAGCUUGCUGUCGAAAGAGCCACAGACAAUGACAGCAGAGGAUCAUGA